AUGUUGCCCAGAACCCCCGCGCCUCUCCGCCAUCGACGGACAUGCUGGAUUGAAGCCCAGGGAAGGCGAGUUCGGGAAUCGCAGGGCAUUGCCAAACUUGCGUUCACAGGACCCUGGGAUGCACGAAAUCGUUGCGAUUCCGCGGCUGGUGACAUGACGUUGCGGACGAAGCUUGAAGAGGAAGAAAUCCAGCCCGACGAGUUGGAAUACUCCGAGCCUAUCGUAGAAUUUACGCAGUACAUUGUCCUUCUCUACGGUCCUUGUCCCUGGCGUGCGACGACCGCGGAUGCCUGGAAAUUCUCCCACGGUUGUGGCCGGGACGCAGCCACGGUGCCUUCGGUCCGGGAACGGACUCGGUCGCGGCGUGUCUUGGCAUUGCGGUGCAAGUUUAUCGACUCUCCACUUGCCAGGUUUUCGUACAUUGGCAUCCUCAAAGAUGUGGAGCCAGUUCGAGUUGAUAGCUUAUUCAACCGCGAUAUUGAUGAGCUCGAAAGAAACAACUUCGACUCGGAUGCUCGGGCCGACCUCGUAGACGACGUCUCCUUCGCGCCGGGCGACCAGGUUCCCGGUAGUGUGAAGCUCCGUAAAACAUUUCACAACCCGCCGCUCUCUUGCGCAAAAUCCGCUGUCCGAUUACACGGGACACGGCUACCGACUGGGUAUACGACUGCACCCCGUAUGGACAAGAGCAUUGAUUUCGUGAGACCGAUUCGCGAAGGGCCGAAACGACGUUGA